AUGGAUGUUAUGGCCCAUGCCCCCCUAAUACGGAACAACACAACCCCAAUCUUUAAGAGAGAUCGAGAUAAGGAGGGCAUCCCUGCCGGCACCAUGAGCAGUGCACCGCGCGGCAGCCAACUUUCAGGCUCGACCGCUUUCAACAGCUCCACCCAAUCUCUCAACUCCCUCUCCAGCGCCCAAACAGUAGUAACACCAAUGAGCAGUGCCGGCGGCCCAGUCGUCGCCACCGCGAACAUUAUCAACCAGAAGGCCGAUGCGUCGAGGUCGCUGUAUCAAAUCUGCAUCUCCUUGCGCCAAAGACUCAGCCAAGUCCCUGGUUUCGAAGUUUACCUCGAACAAGUCGACGCCAAUGACCCGGUGGACUCGCUAUGGAACCUGUUUCGGACAGGAGUGCCGUUUCUCGCCAUCUUUAACGUACUGCAACCCGCCGAACCGAUCGGUGUGGACGAAGGAAAGACUGCGGCUAAAAAUAAGCCUAAGAUUGCCGUGUUCAAAUUCGUGGAGGCCUGCCUUAAGGAACUAAAUAUUUCCUCUGCGGAUUGCUUCGUUAUUAACGAUGUCCUGGGCAACGAUACCAGCGGCUUUGUUACACAAGUUGUAAACUAUGUCCUCGAUAUUGCCGAGCAACGCGGCUUAUUGCUUCAGGCCCAGCCUUAUCCCGAUGAAAAUGUUAUGGACCAGACGGCUGGCUCGCAGAUGAGCUAUAGAGACCACAUCAUCAAGGAGUUAGUCGAUACCGAACGGAAAUACGUACAGGACCUCGAGAACCUACAUGAUCUAAAGAAGACCCUGGAGCAGAAGGGUGUUGUGCCUGGAGAUGUCCUCCACCAAAUCUUUCUCAACAUCAAUGCGAUUCUCGAUUUCCAAAGGCGAUUUCUUAUCCGUGUCGAGACGACCAACUCCAUGCCAGCCAACAAUCAGCGGUGGGGUAGCCCCUUUGUGACUUUUGAGGACGCGUUCGACAUCUACACUCCGUUUAUCGCGAACCAGAGAAAGGCAGCCCAGACCGCCAACUUAGUCUUUGAUAAGAUUCAAGCGGCAGAGCAUCCGGUUGCCGUAGAUUUCAAUACGCUUGACGGCUUCCUGCUGAAACCGAUGCAGCGACUUGUGAAGUACCCUCUUUUGUUAAAGGACUUGUGCAAGAAGUCGGAAGAUGAAGCUACGAAGCAAGACCUUACUCUUGGUAAAGAAGCGGCUGAGCGAGUCUUGACCAAGGCUAACGAGGCUGUCAAUCGUGAUCUCCUCGACGAAGCUAUGGAAGACCUGAAGACAAGAGUUGACGAUUGGCGGAGCCAUCGUAUCGAACAAUUCGGAAACCUUCUUCUCCAUGGUGUCUAUACAGUUGUAACCGGUAGGACUGAGCAAGAGAAGGAUUAUGAAAUUUAUCUCUUCCAGUACAUCCUACUGUGCUGUAAGGAAGCAUCGGCGUCUAAAUCCAAGGAUAAGAAGGACAAGACAAGGUCCACUGGUCCCAAGGUUCGCAAUAAGAAUGCGAAACUGCAACUGAAGGGGAGAAUCUUUAUGACCAAUGUCACCGAGGUAGUCACCUUGGCAAAGCAAGGCUCCUACAGCAUCCAGAUCUGGUGGAAGGGUGACCCUGGCGUUGAGAACUUUACGAUCAAGUUCUCCAACGAAGAAAUGAUGAAAAAAUGGGCUGCCGGCCUCGAAGCGCAAAGGAAGGCUAAUUCUCUUCCCAAGUCGACCUCUAGUCCCGACAUAGCCGCCCCCGAAUUUACUUGGAUGAAAUCGCAAGGCCUCAACACGCUGGAGAACCCGUAUAAAGAACAGGAUCAGGACGACGACGAAGAUUAUGGUGCCCCUGGCUCGGGGCCACCGUACGGUGUCACUUCCUCUACCGGUGGCACGAUGCUUCCUCGAAAUGCUUCGAAUACAAGCCUGCGACAGCGAUCCGCGACGGGUGAUAGCUCACAGUCACUUGCAGGAAUUGCCCGCGCGCCACCGCCGCGGUAUCCUUUGCCCACCCCGCCGGCUCCUCUAAGCCUUCAAACUCAACUGUCGAGCCGCGGUGCGCCUUCGCCCGGUGAGCACCUUGGUGAUUCCUACUUCUCGCCAAUUGCAGACUCGCCAGUUUCUUCCAGGACCAGCACCACCAGUGGUAUGAUGAGCACACCCGGCUACCCCUUCCCCAAGACAACCACACCACAGCCGCCUUGGGAGGAUACCACAAAUCGAUACACUGCACCUGCGAUGCCUCGUGCACCGUCGAGGGACGGAUCGUCGCCGAAUGCAUACGGUAGGGGCACUCGGGGACCUUCUCUUCCAGGCAUGCCACCUAGCGCAGCGCAGCAACAACGUAGCCGGUCGUACAGUACACCCGAUAUUAAUGGCCAACAAACCAUGAGGCGCAACACAGCCGGCGUUGGCCCCUCAUCCGGCAUACCUGCGGUGCCUGGCAUCCCCGCCCAUCUUCAUCACGACACCUCUAUCCCUAGAUCCCAGAGUGGAUCUCCUCGAAUGGAUCUCCCCGUUAGGGCGAAUACCCAAAGCCCAGGCGUUCAGCGCGAGCGUAUGCAUCAGCCAUCUGGGAGCAUUGGUGGUACGAUGACCCAUUUCCCAGCCCACCCAGUUUAUCCUCGCCAGACAACCCCUGGGCCCGCUCCUGGCCAAAUGCCCAUGGCAAUGGACCCCUCAGGCCGAACAGUCUCUCCUCCUCCGCACAUGAUGAACAACGCGUUUGGCAUCAACGAGAUGCCCUUGCCCACCCAGUUGAAGGUCAAGGUCAACUGCGAGGGCGGGACAUAUUUUACUCUUGUGGUGGCCUUCAAUAUCACCUACCAAACUCUUAUCGACCGCAUCGACGCCAAACUUGCGAGGUUCACGAGCAGCAGCAUUGGUAAGGGCUUGCUGAAGCUCAGGUACCGAGACGAGGACGGCGAUUAUGUUAGCAUUGAGAGCGACGACGACAUCCAGAUCGCCUUCCUCGAGUGGCGUGAGGGAAUGCGUAACAUGUACGCCACAGGCGUUGGAGAAAUCGAGCUCUUUUGCGUUGGCGAUACGCCCGCGUGA